GCCUCCCCUCCCUCCCCUCCCACCUGUCCGCCUCCCCUCCCACCUCCCUGCGCGCUCCUCCGCCGCCGCCCUCGCCUUCUCGGAGUGGGGCUUUUCCAAGCAGACUGCCUCCCUCCUGCUCGUUUUCUGCCGCCGCCUCCGCCGCCGCCGCCAUCUUUCUUCCUGGAGUAAUUUCUUGAAAUUUCUGGUUUUCCUUUUGGGGCCAACCAGCCCAAGAACCCGCUCGCUGCUGCCCCUGGCUCCAUGGAAGGCUUCUUGGUCAGCCUGAACCCCUUCCGAUUCAAGCCGAUUUGGCCCGCAAGAACUGCCCCCAAGUCUCUUUGAAGCCCCAGAAAUCCUCCUCCCCCGGGGAUUGCAAGGAAUCCCCGGCCGCCGUUCCCCAACCCCCAGCUUUCCACGUUAAUCUCAAGUUCCCCGUGCAAUUCUUGCGUCCUCCGAGGUUUCGGAGAGACGCCCCCCGCUCCCCCUUCUUCCCCGAGAACCCUAAAGCCGCUUUCUUCGUUUUGAGGACCCCCCCUCCCCCUCCCCCCGGAAGGUCAUGAGCCUGUCGCCAAAGGCUCCUUCCUUUGUUUAGUACUCCGGGCUGGGGGAUGCGUCCUGUUGGUACCGCGGCAAGCAUGGCGAGGGAGGACCGACCGGAGUUCGUGAGGUGGAGCGAGGAGUUCCUCUCGCAGGAGAGGGGCAGCCGCGUCGUGCAUUAUUACUUGGAAGACGCCGAGGGCGUGUCUCACUUGGCAGUCGUGGGCACGGAGCGGAGCCUGCGCCACAUGCUCUACGUCGUGUCAGAGGAUUUCCACGGGCCGCAGGGAUCCGGUGGUGCUGAUGGUGGGCAGGGGAUGUUUGCGCGCAAGUGGCGGUCACGCCGUGAGGUGGUGGAUUGGCUCGAGUCCUUCCUUCCGGCGAAGACCCUCACCUCAAAUUUUUCAAAAUCUGGACCUCGUAUGGGCAAUGAUGUUGGAUUAGAUGGAUACAGCGAAACUGAUAGCUAUGUGUGUCACAAUCUGGGUACAACUUGCAGUACAGACAUUAUGUGGUCUGGUCCAUUCUGGACUUGUAGCAAGCAGCUUCAGCACUAUCAAGCCUUUUGUCGUAAUGGAACCACAAUAUCUAUCCACUCUUUUGCACUUGUCAUGUCUGAGGAGGAAAACCGUUAUCUUGCAUACUUGGAGGAUAUGUAUGAAGAUAAGAAGGGACUCAAGAAAGUUAAAGUGCGAUGGUUUCAUCAAAACCAGGAAUUUGCUUGUGCCAUACCUCCUCCUGCUCCUCAUCCUUGUGAAGUUUUCAUCACCUCUUAUUCUCAAGUAAUCAGUGUUGAGUGUGUCGAUGAUAUUGCUACUGUUUUAACCCCAGAGCAUUAUGAAAAAUGUGGGGACACUUUGCCAAAUAGUUCAUUGGCGGGGAUCCGUUUCUGCUUUCGUCAGUACAGCAAAAAUAAAUUUAAGCAUUUUGACUUGAGAACAUUGCGUGGAUAUUUUAAUCAAGCUGCUGUCCUAUCCUUGAAAGUUUCACCUGAACAAGAAAAGGAUGGUUCUGAUGUCAUAAGGAUAGUCAGACAUUGUUCACCUGGGAAGACCAAGUCUUCAAAGCAGUUCGAGAGGCUUUAUUCGAAAUGUUUGGGUACCAAAAUCUGCCGAAGCCCACAAGCAGAUUCCAUACCAUCUUAUCAGAAGCCAAGUAAUAAACAAUCUCCUGUAAGACAUCUCUCAGUUAAGUUUAUAGGGCCCCAGAGUCAGCCUAUGCCAACCUACAACGUUGGUGACAAGAUAGAGGUCUUAUCUCAAGACAGUGGCAUUGUGGGCUGCUGGUUCAGGUGUACAGUUCUGAGGCCAUGUACUAGUCAUGACAAACUGAAGAUUCAAUAUGAUGAUCUCGAAAAUGCUGAUGAUUGUGGUAAAUUGGAGGAGCGUGUACGUGCCUCUAUAUUGGCUCUUCCUGAUAAACUUGGACUGAGAUGCCCAGGCCGGCUAAGAAUUAGGCCACGUCCUCAACAAAAGACUUUGGUCGAUGACACUGCUCUUUUACCUGGAACUGCUGUUGAUGUCUGGCAAUUUAAUGGCUGGUGGGAAGGAGUUUUAGUGAGUACAGAUGCCGGUUCAUCUGAUGGCCUGCAAAUAUAUUUCCCAGGUGAAAACUCUUUUCGUGUAUGCCAGCUAAAUGAUAUAAGAAUUUCAAGAGAUUGGAUCAAGAGUCGUUGGAUACAUAUAGAAAGGAAGCCAGAUGUGUUGUUGAGAAUACCUUCGGUUGGUGUCCAAACUAGGCAACUUGAUAACAUGACAUCCACUGUUCGUUUGGGCUCCAAUUCUGCACUAUCUGAUCAAGAGCUUGCAGUUGUGCAAGCAAACUCCAGUCGAGAUAAACAGACUGGAGUCAGUAUGCAAACUGAUGUUAGUUUGAUUGACAAGGCCUCUGCUUCUAUAGAUGAUGAGAAGCAAACAAUAUUAGGGAAGCGAUAUGCUGAACAUGACUGCAAUGGGGAAGAAACAGGAGCUGCUAAGCAAACUGAGACUAGUUUAACUGAGACCGCCUCUGCAGCUGCAGAGAUUGAAAAGCAAACGAUGUCAGGGAAGCGGCUUAGGGAUGGUACUGCAGAACAGAACUGCAAUGGGCAAAUGUUUAGUUUGACUGAUAAGGGCUCUGCUUCUGUAGAGGAUGAUGAGAAGCAAACAGUGUUAGUGAAGCGAGUGAGGUAUGAUGACGCUGAACAGGACUGCAAUGGGGAACAAACAGGAGCUGCUACGCAAACUGAGGUUAGUUUAACUCACACGGCCUCUGCAGCUGCAGAGGAUGAAAAGAGAACGAUAUUGGGGAAGCGGCCUAGGGACGAUGCCGCGGAACAGAACUGCAAUGGGGAAGUGUUCUGUUCAACUGAUAAGGGCUCUACUUCUAUAGAUGAUGAUGAGCAAACAUUAUUAGCAAGGGGGCCUAGGGAGGGUGAUGCUGAUCAGCACUGCAAUAAUGAAGUGUUAAGUUUGACUGAUAAGGCAGCUACUUCUGUAGAGGAUGAAAAGGAGACAAUACUAGGGAAGCGGCCAAGGGAUGAUGGUGCUGAACAGCAGUGCAACGAUGAAGUAUUCAGUUUAACUGUCAAGGCUUCUCCUCCUAUAGAGGACGAGAAGCAAAGAGUAUUAGGGAAGCGACAUAGGGGCGACGAUGAUGAACAAGACUGCGACGGGGAAGUAGGCGUAGACUUAGAUGUCAGCAAGCCGUGAAGUUUGGGAAACUUCAGCCUCGUUGGACUUCAUGUACAUAGCUAUAGAUAUGGUAAUGCAACCCCCGUGAAGGGGUUUUACUAGGUCUCCGAUAGCAGAGGGCGUCGACAUCACGUCUCAUACGCAUAAUUUUCCUAGUUUCUGCAUUUUGCUCCUAGUCGUCUCAUAUCUGUCACCAGAUACAUGGAUUGGAGACUAAAUAUUACCGUUCGCAGUCAUAUUGUAUAGGAGUGACUUUUGCUUCAAAGUUAAAUCCUCAGUUGCAAAAGUUGUGCGUCUGUUGAGAACA